UUCUGUCCGGCGCCCGCUCGGAUCCCGGUGGGGUGGAGUGGAGGGAGGGAGUCCCGGUCGCUCCUUUCUCCCAGCGAUGGCGCCGUGCUGCCGCGCCCAGUACCCCGCCCGCCGGCCGGUACUCACCAUUAUCGAGAACCCCCUCAGACGGUGAGGACUGGAGCGGGCCCGAGGGAGCGGCGGAGCGCUGCCCGCAGCGGGGACCAUGAAGAGCGGCCGGACUCGCCGGGCGGAGUGCGGGAGCGGCCGCGGCACCUGCUGAAAGGAAAGAGGGUGCGGCGGCGGCGCGGCGGCGGCUCGCCCGCCCGCACCUCGGCCAUGUCCUUGCUCUGCGUGCGCGUUAAAAGAGCCAAAUUCCAGGGUUCACCAGAUAAAUUUAACACGUAUGUGACCCUGAAAGUGCAGAAUGUGAAGAGCACAACCGUAGCCGUUCGUGGCGAUCAGCCUUCCUGGGAACAAGAUUUUAUGUUUGAGAUUAGUCGCCUGGACCUGGGUCUAAGUGUGGAGGUAUGGAACAAAGGACUGAUUUGGGACACCAUGGUGGGUACCGUGUGGAUUGCACUGAAGACUAUUCGACAGUCGAAUGAGGAAGGGCCCGGGGAGUGGUCCACCUUGGAGGCAGAGACAUUAAUGAAAGAUGAUGAGAUCUGUGGAACUAGAAACCCAACUCCUCAUAAAAUUUUGCUUGAUACAAGGUUUGAGUUGCCUUUUGAUAUCCCAGAGGAAGAAGCCAGAUAUUGGACCUACAAAUUGGAGCAAAUCAAUGCCUUGGGUGCUGACAAUGAGUAUUCUAUUCAAGAAGAAAGCCAGAGGAAGCCAUUGCCCAGUGCUGCCGCCCAGUGUUCUUUUGAAGAUCCCGAUAGUGCUGUCGAUGACCGAGAUAGUGACUAUCGCAGUGAGACCAGCAACAGCAUCCCGCCUCCUUACCAUUCGACUUCCCAGCCCAACGCUUCUGUGCACCAGUUCCCUGUGCCUGUGCGAUUGCCACAGCAGCUGCUACUUCAGGGCAGUUCCCGGGACUCUUGCAAUGAUUCUAUGCAAAGUUAUGAUUAUGACCUCGAUUACCCAGAGCGGCGGGCUCUCAGACAAGGCUUACAGGCUAAAACUGACAGAAUUAGGAUUAUUUCAGCUUUCUCUGAUGUUGACUAUAAAGAGCAAGAGGGUAUAUAUGAGCAGAUAGAGGGAAAAACAUCACAAGAGUUUCUAGAAAACAGUAACAUAAACAUAAAAGAAGCACAAGUAAAGGGAAUUAGAACUCUUUCAAAAACUGAUAAAUGUUACAGCCAACAAGUACAACCAAGUUAUAAGAAUUGGAAAAAGAUACCCUCUCAAAGCCAAGAAACAGAAUUCUCUGCUGCCUCUGACUUUGACCUUAAGUUUGAAGCAUCUGUUUCCUCUAGAUAUCCUCAGAAAUAUGAUACAAUUGAUAGAAGAAGGAAAAAGAAACCCUUGUACAGUCAUUUGGAAGACAAUGAAAGAAGACAAUAUAAUGAUAGAUUAGGAACUGAGACUAACUUCAAAAGUAUGUAUCCUAAUAGUGAAAAUUGUAACUUUUGCAACAUUGAAAAGAAGAGAAAUAAUUACCCAGUUUUGCACCCCUACAAAAAUGGAUUUGUGGUUAAGUGUGGCAUGUGGGCCGCUAAGUUGGAAAGUCAUGAUUAUGAUCUUCCAGGUUGUUUAAAGAACUGUGAAAAGUCAUCUGGCUUAACCCAGCAUGUCACUGAUUUCAUUCCAUUGGAUAUUCUUGAAGAUUCUACUAGCAGUAGUUCUGAUGAACUUCUGGAUUCCCCCACUUCUUCUGAGAGGCAGGAAGGUUUAUUGUCACCAACAUGCCAUCCAUCCAAUGUCCAUCAUAUUAGAGGCUUUCCUAAAGAAUGUUAUGUAGCAAAUCCAGCAAUUCAUCCAACACAAAGGACGAAUUGCAAUGCAAACACACUUGGAGAUCUGUCUGGGUGUCCCAUGGAAGAGAUAACCCUUUCUUCUAUUGAACCUAAGGAGAAUUAUAUUGAUACAAUAGAUGAGCUUCAGUGUUUUGUAGAAACAGUCUCAGAAUAUUUAGCAGAGAAGGAAGAGGAGAUUGAUAAAUAUGGUUCCCUUUCAAAAACUAAAAAAGCAUAUAAAAUUAAUAAUACUGUUGAUAAUGCAGAACAAAAAAAAUCUGGGGAUCAAAUACCACCUAUAAAUAUUGUCAAGAAUGACAAGGACAAAGCCAUCUGUUUUCCUGAGUUGAAUGAAGUGAAAUGUGCUGUUGGUUCUUUGUUCGGUUCACUCACAGAAAAGAUGGGCUCGGGCACAAAGCAUCUAACAUUCUCUAUGGAAAAGCUGGGUUCUUUAGCUCCAGAGAGAACAGAAACUCUUACUAAAAUAGAGACAAUUAAUUCGGGACCUAGACCCAGAGCCAACUCAGUAUCAAAGAAGGAUCUUUCCAUGCAGUCUCCAUUACCUUCUCAAACAAUUGAUAAGGAUCUUGGCAGACAUGACAAAAACUCUGGAAAUGAGCUCAUAGGUAUUAAAACUGGAAGUUUAAGCUUUCAGGAUGCAGCAGAAACUCUUGGAAGGGACUCUGCUCCACAGAGUCAGAGUUCAGUUAUAAAGUCUGUUUUUAGCAUGCUAACUCCAUUAAAGAUCUUUUCAGAAAAUGAUGAAACCAAAAAAGAUAAGAACAAGCCAACAAGAAAAGAAAGCUUCAUUGGGUGUGGUUCAGAAUCAAGUCAAAAGGAAGAUACUCUUGGUAAUGACAGUAGCAUCAUUGCUUUAGAUAAGUGUAAUGGAGACAGUACAGGCUUGUCCCAAAUGACCCUAAAUGAGGAUUUGUCUUCCCAGUCAGCCAAUGAAUCUUCAAACUUAGCUAGUUCUGCAAGUAAGAAAGAUGAUACUGAGAAUCUGUUGGAAAGAAAAUCCCACAUAGACGUGUCUCUGUUACCAGACCAACCAAAAGUACUAGUAUGUGCCAAAGAUACUCCAGGACAUCCUUGUUUAGCUGGCAGUGGAACUGCAAAUAAAGAGGCUUCUUCAACGGCAUUUGAAAGAGACAGAGUUACUGGUGAUGAUGAUUUCCUUGAGCCACUUAGAAAGUCUUUUAGCCAGUUUUUACUCACUUCCACUGAAAACUGUUCAAAAGAAACUUUGUCAGAAUCUAGGGAAGUUCAUCAGUUGGAGGAAAAUGGAUGGGAAAGGAUCCCUAAGAAAGAUGGACAUUCCUUUUCCUUUAGUGGAAAAUUUCAUAUUCCAUUUCUCGGUGUUCUUAGUCAUUCUGAAAAGCAGCAGGACUUAAGAGAGAAAGGAAGCAUUUUUCCUUUGUUUAAAUUUCCUUUCACUGACAGCCACAUCACUGUCAAUGACCAGAGUUUUCAUGGCUCAGAAUUAGCCAUUGAUGAAGAGAUGCAUAGAAACUGCCAUGAAAAUACCAAACCUAGUUCAAUAAAAUCUAGUUCAGUUACAAAUAUUCAUAAUAAUCUAGGAAAAUUUGGAGACACAGAGAAAUUGAAUAAAAAUGACCCAAAAAAUUGUCCUGAAGAUAAAAUAAAGUCUGAUUCAGUUCCAAAUAAUAAUAAUGAUCUUGAGAAAUUUGGGGAUAUAGAGGUAUUAAAUUCCAGCGACCACACAGCAGAAGAGAACGGUGAAAGAGAUACUUUAGGCAUCCUUGCAGUUGUGCCCGAAGAACAUAUGCCUUCUGACUCAGAAGAAAGUAAGAUUCUUACACAAGUGACAUCUUUAAUAGUAUCAGACUCUUCAUUAGCAUUGACUUCUAUUUCACAACCCACCUUGAUUAAUGAAAUUAGUGAAGACAAACUUGUAGAUAAAGCUUCCAAGAAAAGAACCCAAGGAGGCCUCCUUUCUGGCCUGUUUAACAGAUUCUCUUCUCUUGAAAACUUGCCUAGUACACAAGAAUUAAAUUUGAAAAAUGAUGAUUCUCAUCACAGGAAUAAUGCCUCAAGCUUACUCUCAGGAAUAUUUAACUUGAUAACCAGUAACAGUUUGACUGAUUAUAAUAAACCGGAUGAAGCAAAGUCCAUGUCUUUAGGCGACAUAAAGGAUUUGAGUGGAAAUAAGCAUUUAUUUUUGGAUGAGACCCCUGUUACUUCAUGUGUGAUUUCUGAGAACCAGGGGAAUCAUGAUGUAAAACAAACUUCUGGCUUCAUAAAAACUUUCUUAUCUUCACCUAAAGAAAACAUACCAUUAGUUGAAAAGCAUUGCCCCUCUUCUGAGAACAGUGUACCAAAUGCUCAGGAAGACCUCUUAGAAGAAUCUUUGGUUAAGAGGCCAACACCACACCAUAUUGUUGAAGCAAACUUAUAUGAAAGUUCAAAUAAGUUAAAUCCACCUAUACUAAAUACUAACAUUCUUAAUAAAUCAAACCACUAUCAAGCUUUUGAAGAGAUGGACAAUCACUUUUGUUAUGAAUGGGAUUCUGAUAUAAAAGAUUUAUCUAAAGAUUCCAGAAUACUUCAGCCAGUUUAUUGUAUGUCGAAUCAAAAUACAUUUCCAUCAGCUGAUGUUUUUGUGUGGCCUGACUCAGAAAACCCAGCAAUAAAUUUUUGCCAAAAAGAUAAAAAUGCAAAUAUCUUGGACUGGAGAACAAAUUCAAACAGUGUCAUUUGGUGUGACUUACCAUAUGAAUCAUUCGAUCAGUUUGCAUUUAAUGAAGAUUACUUAGUAAGAGGUGAUAUGUGGGCAGCUAACUCAUGUAGAAAUUCUUGUCAUCUUUUAAUUAAUGAGACUGAGAAUUCACUAGAAGAAUUGCCCAUUGACUUAAGUUCUUCAGGCUAUGAGAAGACUUCAUACCCCAUAGAUGAUCAAGAAUCAUUAAGAAUGGAUGAAAACUUUGCUUUUUCAAAUGUUGUUUAUGAAUACCAGGAAUGGUUGUCAUGUCUUGAAAAUGGAGUGUGGUGGCCAUCAGAGGAUGGAGACUAUGGGUAUUAUAUGUUUCAUGAUGGUCAAUAUAUCUAUUCUUUUCUCACUGAUUCUACUGCGCAGUAUGCAUAUUUAUUUAUACCUGAUUGUCCUUAUCAGGAGUAUUUAAAUUGUGAUUUACAGACAAAUGAUUUAUCAGGUAUUAUAUUGGAUGACAGCAUUAUUUCUACCUGUAGUUUUAGAGAACUAGAUAAAGAAGAUGAAUUAUUGUGGUAUGUCGAAGAGGAACCAACUGAUGGCCCUCUUGAUUUAUCUAUAGUUUUGCCAAGAAGUGAGGGACCAAUGUAUCUAAAUUUAGGAACACUUUCACAAAUUCUUGAAGAAGAGUCAGGGUACAGCCAAAGGGAUCGACCAUUAGAUUUUUCAGUCUGUAAUUCCCAGAAGUUUGAAGGAGGUUUGGGGUUUUUUGAAGAAAUGUUAUGUGUUUCUGAAGACUUUGAAUAUACAUUGGAUCUCAGAAAUCAGCCCCAAAGUGUUGGUAAUCAUGUCUUAAAUAAAAAUCAAAUUAAAGAUGGAGACAGGAACCAGGCUGUAGUUAAGGAUUCAUUAGUUUGCCUUCCCAGUUUUCAUUGUCUUCAGGCUUCUGAGGAAGGUACUACUUUGGUUCAUCUUGAGAAUAUGACUAAGAGCCCACAACAAACAGAAGAGAUGUUAUUGUUGAACAAAGUGACUUCCUUAUUUUCUGUGUCGGAUGUUCCAGUUGGAAGUACUUUGAAUUUUGAAAAGAAUGAGUACUUAGAGUCUUUGGCCACAUAUAAGAAGGAUCAGCAGUCAGACUUGGCAGAGCUCACAAAUGACGAGCUUCAGUCAUUAAUUUUGAGUAAGCAAUCAGAGAGUAAACCCCAAAAUGAGGAGGCAAGUCUUCUUAAAUAUUCAGAGAUACAAAUAGUAUCUGAUGUUCAGCAACCAGAAUUUACUGAAAAUGUGAAGCAAGAAUUUCCUUUAAAUAAAAGCACUCAUGUGAAAAAACAAAGUCUGUUGAAAUCUGUUUUCCAGGUAAGCCAAAUAACUGCUCAGGCUAAAUUAGGCGUUGAAGAUGAUAAAAUCAUGACAAUCGACUCUGUGUCAGUUCCUCUUGCAUCACAGUUUAGUAGGGAUGAACACAGAAAUAGCGAUAUUCCUCAAGACCAGUCUUUCAAAGAGUCUGAGAGAACAUUAUUUAAAAGUGCAUUGAAACUCUUUGGUCAGGGAGAAGACUCUUCAGUUAGUGCAACAGCAAAUGAAAAUCAGGCAUCUGGGUUUUUGAACCUCUUUAAAACCCAGAUGAAUAAAGAAGGAUCACCAAAUUUGGAAAAUAAUGGUGAUAAAAAUAGAAAAAUAACAUCUCAGGAAAAGAAUGAAUCUUCUGGUAUCUCAAUUUUUUUUGGUACUCUUGGGGAUUUCUUUAAAACCAAUGUAUCUUCUACACAGACAACUGAAAAUAUGUCUAUUUCUUCAGUGACUAAUAAGGAUGAGGUCAAAUCAAGUCCUAAUCCCACAAAGCCAACUAUCCAGGAUUUUGGGAACUUCCCUGCUGCACCAGUUUUCUCUAAAGGGAAGGUUCGUGUUAGAAGGCUGAAUAAGCAGACUACUAUUGAUGAUACUGGGCUAAAAGAACCAUCAACUAAGGAUAUCCAGGGCAAUAAUUUGACUGAAAAAGAGGUAUCCUCCAGGGACCACUUAAUCCAGCAGUCACCAAAUCCAUCUUUCACAACAAACUGUUUCAAAGAGUCUUCAAGAGAGUCUUCAAUAGAAACCAGUGGUGUGUCUACAGUGAUGGAAGCUUCAGGAGAUAAUAAGAUAUCUUUUGAUAUUCUGAGCAGAAAAAAUUCAAAUGAACAAGAUCAUUUUUCUGAUAAAGACUUAAGUUUUUCAAAUGUCACAAUAUCUCCACCCCAACCGGAGUUGCCAACCAGAAAGAGUAUAUUUUCUUUCCUGACUGGAUCCGGAAAAUCUGAGAACAAAGCCUCUGCUGCUCUUCCAAGAACCAAAUCUCAAGCAAAAGGGCUGUUCACACUCCCUUCCUUUUUCCCCACUAAUUCAAGCCUCAAGAAGGAUGCCUCUCAGAAUAGCUCCUUUAGUUUCUUCAGCAUGCCCUUUGUGGAUGAAAAACAGCAGACUCCUGGGGAAAAGCAUAGCCUCUCAACUAUUGCUCCAGUGACUUCCCAGCCGUGUAAGAAGCCAAGUGUUUUUGUAGACAUGUCUGGCACAGUGAAUGAAGGUUCCAAUGGCAAUAGAGGUAGCAUAGUCCAGGAGUUAAUUCAUGAGCAGCAAAUGGCUCCUUGUAUUUCCAUUAACAACACCAUUGAGGUUACCUUCCUUGAUGAUGAGCUCAAUGUAGGGGAGAACUAUCAGGGAAACUUAGGGUCCAGAGAUGGAUCAUGGAUAUCUUUAGCAGAUUUCCAGUUGAAUCAGUUGCAAACAGACAGUGCUCCUCAUUCACCGGAAUAUCAGGCACAGACUGAAACACUGCUUAUUGGUCCAGAGACCUUUGAGGUAGCUUCUCAUGAAGAAGAUGUCAUACAGGAAGCCUUCCUCAGCAGCUCACUGGCCAAGUCUUUUCCACAUGAUAGUCAUUUGGUUGGAAAGCUCAACAAUUUAGACACUUGUACUAACCACCACCAAAAUGAAAGAUUUUCUGGUGACCCAUUGAACCUGCCAUUAGAAAAGGCCCCUGUUGAGAUGUUAACACAGAUCCUGGAGCCAACCUCUUCCUCUGAAGAGUCGGAGUGUGCAGGGCACCUCCAAAGCCGAGACACAGAUAAAGAGGAAGACAAAUCAUUGUUGGGCUCUUCAGUAGAAAUGCUUUCAGGGUUUGUGAACAAAGUGAAAUCUUUCUCUGGGAGCUUAACUGAACCUCCCAAAACUUUCUCUGGAUUUUUCUCCUCUUCUAAACCUCCAAAGAAAAACUCGUUUUUCUCUCUUGCUUCCAGUGCAUCAUCUCCGCCACUCAAAGGUGAGUUGUUUGGAAUUUUCAAAAGUCCCAAACCAGACACAUGCAAACAAGAAUCAUCUAUCCCAGCUACUGCACGGCUUCAAAAUGGUAGUUCCAGAGAUGCUGUAGGAUCAGUACCUCCAGGAAAUUUAUGGAGAGAGGCUGCUUCUGCAUCAUUCAAUUCAGAAUCUGCUCUCAAUGGCUAUAGAAUGACUGUGCUUAGAGCCAAGUCAGACUCAGAGACCUUGACAAAUGGUCCUAACCUAACAACCGAAGUGGAAAAUAGUAAUAUUCCUGGCCAUACCUUGACAGAUGAUCUAAAACUAACGACUGAAAUGGAAAACAGUAUUCCUGACAAUAGUCCAGAACCCCAGGGUUCUGAAACAAUUGGGGCUACAUCUUCUAUCUCAGGAGAUGACACUGGACAAGGAGUAUUAUCUCUGAGUGAUGAAGGAGACAUGGGGGUGUUGCAGGGCACAGACACAGAGACAUCAUUUGAAGCAGAGAAUAUUUCAUUGCCAACACAGUCCCAUCCAGAUCCUACCUGGAUUGCCAAAGACCUUCCUUCUCCAAUUCAGCCACUUCUUCCUCUUGAGCCAAAGCCAGCCAUGCAAUCUGCCCUCACAAAACAAAACACCUCAGAGCUACAGGCAACCAAUUCACUAGAAACCAGUACCACAAUACUGUUCAGUGAGGCAAGUUCAGUUGGUCAGAGUGUCAUACUGGAAACCCAAGGAUCCCUUUCUCACCCUCUGUGGGAGGAACCUGUGUUUUGUGCCAAAGAAAGUUAUGGGAUAUAUGAUGCCCAGAAAGAUCCACCUGCAGCCCUCCAGGAAACAGAGCAGCCAAGACCACGUUUUGAGAUCCCAAACAUGACCAAUUGGCCAAAGAUCCAUUUCCCAUCCUCUGCUGCUGACUAUGGGAAACCACUGAGCUCUUUCUUUUCCCCACCUUCCUCCUCUGGCGAUAGGGGAGCAGAGAUUGGUUUAAUGUCCGGUUUUAAGAAGUUGUCAACUCUGUUUGAGGGAGGUAAUGAGGGAAAAGGCGGUAUAGUGGCAAAUGAUACUAAAGUAAGGUUUGGAAAGAAGCUGGAUCUUUUAUUCCCUUGGCCAAAAGAGCACAGAGGAGACCCUGAACAAAUGCCUACAGAAUCCUUCACUCCAGUUUUGAUUAUCAGCAGUGAUCAUGACCUUAACUCCAGUGAGGCUGACAAAGCCUUGGAAUCUUCUCAAAUGUCUAAGGCUAGUGCUCACCCAGCUAAGGUCUCUGCUCAGCUCUCUGUGACCUCUGAUCAGCUCGAGGCCAAGCCAAGUAUAGGUGCUCAUGGGCUUUCAGGACUUGGAGAAAUGGAAAACCAGCAAGAAACCCCAGCAUCUGGAGAAGACUGGAAUACCAAAGGCAACCUCUCUGGCCUCACCAGUCCUUCAGGGAGUCAUGAGGAAGAGCACUGUGCUGUCUCUGAACUACUUCACCAGUCAGAAACACAAGGAGGGGAGGCAAUGCCUGCUAGCUCUGACUCUGUUUUGAAUGGACAGCUGCCAGUUACUCAGCAUGGCAUCAAGGAAACAAAGACCAAUGAAAGCCCCACCAGCAGUAGUAGGUAUGGCUCCUCCUGCAAUGUGAGCCAAGGAAGCUCUCAGCUGAGUGAACUAGACCAGUGUCAUGAACAAGAUGAUGACCGUCGGGAGAGGGACUCGAUUCAUUCCUGCCACAGCUCUGGUAGCUUCUCUAGAGAUGUCCAAGUGGGUUUUGGAGAACAAGAGAAAAUCUUGGAGGUGACUGGUGAAGACGAGAAGGGGAGAGCAUGUGAACCCAAGGAGAUGAAAGAUGUCACAACCCAUCCUACCCCAGAUCUGGUGCUACAAAAAGACCAUGUCCAAGGUCCCCAAGAGAGUUUUCCUGAGGAGACUGCAUCUUCGCCAUUUACCCAAGCCAGAGCACAUUGGAUCCGAGCAGUUACCAAGGUUCGACUCCAGCUGCAGGAGAUUCCAGAUGAUGGCGACUCCUCUUUGCCCCAGUGGCUCCCAGAAGGGCCAGCAGGCGGGCUCUAUGGCAUCGACAGCAUGCCAGAUCUACGCAGAAAAAAGCCACUGCCACUUGUCAGCGAUCUGUCAUUGGUCCAGUCCCGGAAGGCAGGGAUUACUUCUGCAAUGGCUACCCGUACCUCUUUCAAGGAUGAAGAACUGAAAUCCCAUGUGUAUAAGAAAACCCUGCAGGCCUUAAUCUACCCUAUCUCGUGCACCACACCCCACAACUUUGAGGUCUGGACUGCCACUACCCCGACCUACUGCUAUGAGUGUGAAGGCCUGCUCUGGGGCAUUGCCCGGCAGGGCAUGCGCUGCAGCGAGUGUGGAGUCAAGUGCCACGAGAAGUGCCAGGACCUGCUCAAUGCUGACUGCCUACAGCGGGCUGCAGAAAAGAGCUGUAAACAUGGAGCUGAGGACCGGACCCAGAACAUUAUCAUGGCCAUGAAGGACCGCAUGAAGAUCCGAGAGCGGAAUAAGCCUGAGAUCUUCGAAGUUAUCCGGGAUGUCUUCACUGUGAGCAAAGUUGCCCAUGUGCAGCAGAUGAAAACAGUGAAGCAGAGUGUACUGGAUGGCACCUCCAAAUGGUCGGCCAAGAUUACUAUCACUGUGCUGUGUGCUCAGGGCCUGCAAGCCAAGGACAAGACAGGAUCCAGUGACCCUUACGUGACUGUGCAAGUGGGUAAAACCAAGAAGCGGACCAAGACCAUUUUUGGGAACCUGAAUCCAGUUUGGGAGGAGAAGUUCCAUUUUGAGUGCCACAACUCUUCUGACCGUAUUAAGGUACGUGUGUGGGAUGAGGAUGAUGACAUCAAGUCGAGAGUAAAGCAGCGGCUAAAGCGAGAGUCUGAUGAUUUUCUUGGCCAAACCAUCAUCGAGGUUCGGACACUGAGUGGCGAGAUGGAUGUCUGGUACAACCUGGAGAAGAGGACAGACAAAUCAGCCGUCUCGGGGGCUAUUCGACUACAAAUCAGCGUGGAAAUCAAGGGGGAGGAGAAGGUUGCCCCAUAUCAUGUGCAGUACACGUGUCUCCAUGAGAACCUUUUUCGUUACCUCACAGACAUUCAGGGCAACGGAGGAGUCCAGAUCCCUGAGGCCCGAGGAGACGAUGCCUGGAAGGUGUACUUUGACGAGACUGCCCAAGAAAUUGUGGAUGAAUUUGCUAUGCGCUAUGGCAUCGAAUCCAUAUAUCAGGCCAUGACGCACUUUGCAUGUUUGUCAUCCAAGUACAUGUGUCCUGGUGUGCCAGCAGUGAUGAGCACCUUACUCGCCAACAUCAAUGCCUACUAUGCCCACACGACUGCCUCCACCAAUGUCUCUGCAUCUGAUCGCUUUGCAGCCUCCAACUUUGGGAAAGAGAGAUUUGUGAAACUACUGGACCAGCUCCACAACUCCCUGAGAAUUGACCUCUCUACAUACAGGAAUAAUUUCCCUGCUGGGAGUCCUGAGCGGCUUCAAGACUUAAAGUCCACAGUGGAUUUGCUGACUAGCAUCACUUUCUUCAGGAUGAAGGUGCAAGAACUGCAGAGCCCUCCAAGAGCCAGCCAGGUGGUAAAGGACUGUGUGAAGGCCUGUUUGAACUCCACAUAUGAGUAUAUCUUCAACAACUGCCAUGACUUAUACAGCCGCCAGUAUCAGCUGAAGCAGGAACUACCUGCCGAGGAACAAGGACCCAGCAUUCGGAACCUGGAUUUCUGGCCCAAACUUAUCACACUCAUUGUGUCAAUCAUAGAGGAAGACAAGAAUUCUUACACCCUUGUUCUGAACCAGUUUCCUCAGGAGCUGAGUGUGGGAAAAGUCAGCGCAGAAGUGAUGUGGCAACUUUUUGCCCAAGACAUGAAAUAUGCACUGGAGGAGCAUGAGAAAGACCGGCUGUGUAAGAGUGCUGACUACAUGAACCUACACUUCAAGGUGAAGUGGCUCCACAAUGAAUAUGUGCGGGAUCUGCCUGCCCUCCAGGGGCAGGUACCUGAGUACCCAGCGUGGUUUGAGCAGUUUGUCUUACAAUGGCUGGAUGAGAAUGAGGAUGUAUCCCUGGAAUUCCUGCAUGGGGCCCUGGAACGAGAUAAGAAGGAUGGGUUCCAGCAGACAUCAGAGCACGCACUCUUUUCCUGCUCUGUGGUGGACGUCUUCACACAGCUCAACCAGAGCUUUGAGAUCAUCCGAAAGCUGGAAUGCCCAGACCCCAACAUCCUUGCCCACUACAUGAGGAGAUUUGCUAAGACCAUCGGGAAGGUGCUGAUUCAGUAUGCAGACAUCUUAUCAAAGGACUUCCCAGCUUACUGCACAAAAGAGAAAAUGCCCUGCAUCCUGAUGAACAACAUGCAGCAACUGAGGGUCCAGCUGGAGAAAAUGUUUGAGGCCAUGGGAGGCAAGGAGUUGGAUCCUGAAGCUGCAGACAGUCUGAAGGAGCUGCAGGUGAAACUGAAUACAGUUCUGGAUGAGCUCAGCAUGGUGUUUGGAAACAGUUUCCAGGUGCGGAUUGAUGAGUGUGUUAAACAAAUGGCCGACAUCCUGGGCCAGGUGCGGGGCACAGGAAAUGCAUCCCCCAACGCCAGGGCCUCAGUGGCUCAGGAUGCAGAUAGCGUGCUCCGACCCCUCAUGGACUUCCUGGAUGGCAACCUCACCCUGUUUGCCACUGUGUGUGAGAAGACAGUCCUGAAGCGUGUACUGAAGGAGCUCUGGCGGGUGGUAUUGAACACCAUGGAAAGGAUGAUUGUUCUGCCCCCACUCACUGACCACACGGGCACUCAGCUGAUCUUCACUGCUGCCAAGGAGCUGAGCCAUCUUUCCAAACUCAAGGACCACAUGGUGCGAGAGGAAACACGGAGUCUCACUCCGAAGCAGUGUGCUGUCCUUGACCUCGCGCUGGACACCAUCAAGCAAUACUUUCAUGCAGGAGGCAAUGGACUGAAGAAAACCUUCCUGGAGAAGAGCCCAGAUCUGCAGUCCCUGCGCUAUGCCCUAUCUCUGUACACACAGACUACAGAUACACUCAUCAAAACCUUUGUGCGUUCACAGACUGCCCAGGGGUCUGGGGUGGAUGAUCCUGUUGGAGAAGUCUCUAUUCAGGUGGACUUGUUUACACAUCCUGGGACUGGAGAGCACAAGGUCACAGUGAAAGUGGUGGCUGCUAAUGACCUCAGGUGGCAGACAGCGGGGAUGUUCCGACCCUUCGUGGAAGUGACCAUGGUUGGCCCACAUCAAAGCGAUAAGAAGAGGAAGUUCACGACCAAGUCAAAAAGCAACAACUGGGCCCCCAAGUACAACGAGACAUUUCACUUCCUCCUGGGAAAUGAAGAGGGGCCAGAAGCCUAUGAAUUGCAAAUAUGUGUGAAGGAUUACUGCUUUGCCCGAGAGGAUCGUGUCCUAGGGUUGGCCGUGAUGCCUCUGAGGGAUGUGGCAGCCAAGGGCAGCUGUGCCUGCUGGUGCCCCUUGGGCCGGAAGAUCCACAUGGAUGACACAGGCAUGACCAUCCUCCGGAUCCUGUCUCAGAGGAGCAAUGACGAAGUGGCUCGAGAGUUUGUGAAGCUCAAAUCCGAGUCUCGUUCCAUGGAGGAGGGGAGCUGAGCACCUGAGCUCCUGUGCCAACCAGAUGGCGCCAGUUCCACAAAUCAGGGCCGUGGGAGUUACUAUGUAGCCAGCUUAGGUCCUCACAGUGAAAAGGCUGACUUCUUCAGUUAAACAAAUUUAAGGAAAAUUUGGCUUUUCACAGAAAGGGUCAUGAAUCCCUGACCAGUAGGUCUGUGGUGCUAGGGGGUUACUGCAUAGGGGUAUUUUCCAUAAAGAGAGGGACAGACAUUUCUGAGAGUGUCACUCAUUCUUGGUAGACACACCUCCACUCAACACCCCAUGUCUACCCCUCUCCAUACUGCACCUUAUCCAGUUGGACCCCUAUGUACCAGUCAUUAGAAGAACAAGUUUAGAGGAGCAGGAGCUUAUGCCUGGCCAGCUAAGUAGUCAGUUGAGCCUAUAGGUAUCACUGAACCCUGUAGUCUGGUUUGAAGUAUAGCCAGGGCUAGAGCACACAGAAUAGAAUUCACACUGUCCCUUGAGCAGAACCCACUGGUUUUGUGUGCAUCCAGUGAGAAAAAAGGCUUUGAAACUGAACAAGAUACCUCGAGAAAUGAGCUCUGUUAAUCCUUUACCCAGUUUAUAUCUGUUGUGAGCAGAAGCAGGUUCAUAUGGUGCUUCAGAGCCUUGAGCAGAAUAUUCUUUGGAACCCAAGUACCAGAGGCUACUUUCCCAGGAGUCCCUCUACCUCACUCCUGUAGGAAGGGAAGUGAUGCUUCAGGACAUGAGAGGCUGUUUUUGUGUGUAUGCAUCUGAGGACUAAUUGAAAGAUCCAGGAGAGGGGACUAUAUUUCCUUCUUGGGUAGGUAGGCCCCGAACAAAGCCAAAAAUUUUGGAAAUUAGUCUAGAAGGAGUCUCCUCACUUAUGGCCACUGCCUUCUGGCUGUCCCCCUCUUGUAGAAAGAAUCUAGCCUUUGACUUCACUCCUUUCAUUGGGUCAGCUGUGUCCCCCUUACAGGUGUUCAGCCCUCUGGAAGAAACGUGCCCUAUGAUCCCUCCAUGCAGGCUGGGCGGAGGAGGGCCUCAACAUUCUUGCAAGGGGUCUUAUGGGCUUUGCAGGCCUUGCUCAGAGAAAUGACAUGGUCCUUCAAUAUCCUUGGUAGCAGCUUCCUGGACUUCCUUCCUGGACUUUCUGAGGACUCUCCAUUGUCCACAGUUGUACUGGUCAUUACAUUUAACAAGAAACUAAGCAUAUUUGCUGUUGUUAAUUAUUGUAUGUGCCAUUGUUACAGGAGAUUAUUGGCUAGUCUGUAAUAAAUUAUCUUAUAG